AGCAAAAAAGCAAAACCAAAUGCAAAUCAUCAUUUAAACAAAACUCGAUCGAUGUUUUACAAUAAAAUUUAAUUCAUACUUGAAAAAAAAAAGAGUUAAAAAAGUCAAACCGAAAAAAAAACGCGAGAAAAAACACGAUUAACUCCAACCAUUUCCGCCCCGCUUCGCUUCACAAAAAUCUACACUUCUUCUACUACCUACUCCUCCCCACAAUCUCAAUCUAUCUGUAGUGUGUGUUUCAAAAAAUUAAAAAGAAAAAAAAAAUUAAUCUAAAAAAAAAAUUCUUUCGUGGCUCCGCCGUGAGUCUGUCUUCGUCUUCGUUUUUUCCCCCGACAAAAAAAAAAGUCGUCCGUCAUUAUUUGUCGUCUCGUUGUUGUCCCAAAGUUGUUUUUUUUUUAUGUGUGUUUUUCUCUUUCAAACAAGUUAAAAAAAGUGAAAAAUUUUACUAAAUUAAAUUAAAACGAAAACAAGACGAAUCGAACGAAAAAAAAAGUCCGAGUCGAACCCAGCCCAAUCAUCAUCAUCAUUUUUUGUUAAAAAAAAGCCCAUCACCAUCAUGGCUGAAGAAUUAAUGGUGGUUUUGAAGCGCAGCGAAAACUCUGGAUUUGGUUUUUCACUUUUAGGCACAACAGGACCGCCACAUGUUAUCUAUGAUAUUGUUGAAAAUUCACCAGCUGCUGAAUGUGGAGCGGUUGAAGCUGGCGAUAUAAUUGUAAAAGUAAACGGAACAGAUGUCCAUCGAUACACAACAAAAGAGGUUUUGAAAUGUCUGCGAUUAUCCGACGAUCUCGUUACCCUAGAACUUAAAAGAGAUCCAAAAAUAAAAGCCCGCAUCAAAGAACAACUAGCUAGCACAAAGAAUCUUCAUUAUAAUUCCGAUUCACCAAGAGAAUCUCCAAAUAUCUUUGAUAUUAAAACAUCAUCACGUAAAUCAGAUCCUUUAACAUCGUCAAUACGUCGACCACCAACACAAUUAAGUCCCUCAUCGUCGACAACGAAAAUCCUUGUCGAAUCACCAUGUCGUCCUUCACGCAUUCCAACUGCUUUAGCUUUAAAGUGUCCAGCACCGAAGAAUGUCCAACAUUCACCACAACAUAAACGGCCACGGCCAUCGCAAAUUCCAAAAGCUAAUGCCAAUGGUGGCGGUGGUAAUAAUUUUCAACUCACCAAUAGUUUCUAUACUCAACAAUCUGAACCUGGUACGAAUUCGAAUUCCAACAAUUUUAAAGAGUUAGGUGAUCAACAACAGCAAAUAAAAGAGCCACAAUCUGCUCCGCCAACAACAAAGGCACGCUUUGAGGCGUACAUGAUGACCGGAGAUUUAAUACUCAAUUUAUCACGAACACCCCAGAGUAGUAAUUUGAUUCCAGCUCACGCCAAAAAGGUGGAUAGCUUACGUGAUUCUCCGAAUCGUGCUGCAGCCCGUGCCAAUGGGGCUUUAGCACCACGAGCCUCUGGAGAAUCGACACCAUCAUCUUCAUCGGCCUCGCCAUCGCACUCAGAGAGCUCCGACUCAGUGAAUUUAAUUAAAAAGAAAGAUAAGACUAACAAUCGAAAAGACCAUAGUAUUAACAACACAUAUAGUAGUAAUAACAGUAGUGAUAGACAAUUCCGCAAGGAUUCCCUAACUAACGACACAUUAUUGUUAUGUGAAGAAUUAGAUAGGGACGAAGAAGACGAAGAAGAUAACAACGACGACGACGAGGAAGACGUCGAAGAAGAAGACGAAGAAAUCGAUCCUGACGAACAGGACAAACUGGACGAAGAAAGCCUCGACGAGUUCAACUACGAAAUUAGCCCCGCUCCUUAUGCUAGCGAUAGCCAGCGAGGAGGAGGCGAUGUACAACAAACACAAGAGUGCUUAGGCAGUGAAUUUAAUGACGAUUUAAGUGCCGGUGUUACAUCGUCCUCCUCCUCAUUCAAACAGAAACUCUUACAACAACAACAGCAGAGGAACUCUGAUCGAGUUCGUAUACAACAAACGGCCGCAACUGCAACCAUUGAUCUGGUUGAUAGCUCAUCGGCCAGAGACUAUACUGGGCCAUCAUCACAGUACCAUCAUCAUCAUCACCACCACCAUCAUCAUCACGCGCACCAUCGACAACAACACUACCAGCAACAACAACAACAACAAAUACAAAUUCAACAACAAAAUAACUCGUCAUCCUCCUCGUCGUCAACAACUGUGAAAAGCGAAGCAAACAGCUCACCGGACGAGACUAGCUUCUCGGUGCCAACGUCACCGAUAUCGCUCUCGACGCCGCUGUUGGACGUUAAAGAGACUGCCAACUCAGUGCCAACCAGUCCAGAACCGAGUGGCAUCAACGAAGCAGCCGUGAUUCGACGGCAACAUCAUCACAACGGUGUUGUGCGCAAGUGUGAUUCGGCUGGUUUCCGAACCAGCAAGUCAGAAGACCACUUGCAACAAGUGCAGCGCGAAGGUAUUGCCGCUGUUAUACCGAUCGAUAUUGAUGAGGAUGUAAAUAGCUCUCUUAACACGCUGCUAGAUACUAGACAGGAUUCUGAAGAUUCUCAGCCAACCCAAAAAAAGAAGGCUGACCCGACACCCACUGUCCUCAGUCAUAGAGAUAUUAUUUUGAAGAGGAGGAAAAAAGCAUCAAAUCGUGAUCGUAUUGUUUGGACAUAUAACGCGCCUCUGCCAACUAACCAACAACAACAACAAUACCCAAACCAUCAUUACCCCCAGCACUAUGCCACAACGACAUCACCAAAUUCGCAUUCUAGUUCAAUAAGCUCAUCACCUCAGCACACAGAUAGUCCGGCAUCACCGACAUCGGUUUCCAGUUCGGUAAUGUCGUCGUCGGGUUCAAAGGGCGCCUUAGGUGGGGCAGCUGGUGGCGGAGGGGGAGGAGGUAGUAGUAGUGGCAUGGCUGGCAAUAGUACUGGUCAAACUAAUCAAAAUCUUGGCUUCCUUCACUGUCCAGUGAAUGGAGAUCAAAGUGUUUCCGAAGCGAUAUCGAAUAUCUCUUCACCUGACUACCAGGACGAUGAUAACUUAUUGAGUUCACGCGAUCUAAUCGGUGGAAUGGUCCUGAGCGAUCCAAGUGAUUCAGAUUCCACGAUACUCGUUUCGGAAGCAGUACAAAGAAAGAGAGACCAACAAAAGUUACAACAGCAGCAACAACAACAAUUGCAACAACAGCAACAACAACAACAAAAUGAACAUAAACUUGUUAUUCAAGUACGCGGAUUGGAUAGCAGUAAUUCAACGACAUCACGAUCGGCAUAUUCAGAAUUGAAAGAUUCUGAAGAUGAACUAGCCACUUUGACCGAAGAACCACCGACAGUUGUUACUGCAAAUAAUAGUAACAGUAGCAAUGGCAAUGGCAAUCAACAGCAUCAGCUGCAACAGCAAGAUUCUAAAGAAUCUUCGCCACCGGUAUCGGAUGAUGGCAGUGAUGUUGAAUCAUUGCACUCGUAUCAUUAUUCACCUAAAGCUGUUGAUAUGCCAUCGGCAAUUCGAUUGGCUAAAAGACUGUACUCAUUGGAUGGCUUUAAGAAGAGUGAUGUAUCUCGGCAUUUGAGUAAAAACAACGACUUCAGCCGAGCAGUUGCCGAUGAAUACUUGAAGUAUUUCACAUUCGAGAAAAAGACUUUAGACCAAGCGCUUAGAGAAUUCUUGCAGCAAUUUUCACUUUCUGGUGAAACGCAAGAACGAGAACGAGUUUUAGUUCAUUUUUCGAAAAGAUUUUUGGACUGUAAUGCUGGAACUUUCAAUUCACAAGAUGCUGUUCAUACCCUAACCUGUGCAAUAAUGCUGCUGAAUACAGAUCUUCAUGGAGCUAACAUAAGUCGUAAAAUGACUUGUGCCGAAUUUGUUGAUAAUCUCGCUGAGCUAAAUGAUGGGGAAAAUUUCCCCAAAGACGUAUUGAAGUACUUGUAUCAAGCUAUUAAAAGUCAACCAUUAGAAUGGGCACUUGACGACGAAUCUCCUGAUCAGCAAAAACAACGAAAUGACAAUAAUAUGGGAGCUGGUCAAAUUGGACAAAAUCCAUUCCUAGAUAUUCCAGAGCCAUCGGCUGCAAUCGAAUACAAAAAAGGCUAUGUGAUGCGAAAAUGCUGUUAUGAAUCUAAUUAUAAAAAAACUCCCUUUGGAAAGCGUUCCUGGAAAAUGUUUUAUUGCACACUACGGGAUUUAGUAUUAUAUUUGCACAAGGAUGAACACGGAUUCAGAAAAAGUCAAAUGUCCGAUAAUUUACAUAAUGCAAUCCGUAUUCAUCAUGCGCUAGCAACCAAAGCUACAGACUAUACAAAGAAACAGCACGUUUUUCGGUUACAAACAGCCGAUCAAGCUGAAUAUCUCUUCCAAACGAGUGAUUCAAAAGAAUUACAAUCUUGGGUGGAGACAAUUAAUUUUGUUUGUGCCUCAUUUUCGGCACCCCCUCUGGAGGGUGGUGUUGGUAGUCAGAAACGUUUUCAACGACCAUUAUUACCAAGCACACAUACAAAGUUACUUAUGAAGGAACAAUUAACAUCGCACGAGCAUCAAGUGAUUCAAUUGGAAAAUACUGUAGCCGAACAUAAAAAAGGUCCAAUACCAAGUAAAGGACUUCCAUUACAAAAUUAUAAGGAAAAAGAAAAUUACUUACAAUAUGAGCUACGUCGCUACAAAACCUACGUGUCAAUCCUCAAUGCUAAGCUUCUUGCCGACCAGCAAAUGGAGUUGCAAAAUAACUGCCUAAUAAAUCCCGAUGAUCCCGAAGGUAUUUUCGGUGGUGGAGGAGCAGGAAAUGGUAGCCGUACCAUUAUAACUGGUAUAGGAAAUCCAACUCAACCCUCGAAUAGCAUUAUUUUGCAAUCACCUGGCCAGCAACAACAACAAUCACAACAAUCUCAGCAGCAACAAACAACAACAGCUAACAGAUGGUUUUGCGCAUGUUGUGAGGAAUACAACUGAUGCCAAAAAUAAUAAAUAAAACCUAGGACAUAACUUACAAAAUAAGCCAUGCCAAAAUUUUUGUGUUCGCAAGCGAAAAUAUUACAUAAAUUAAAAAGCUUUGAUGGGUCUUGAACCCUUUAAAAAAACAGUCCCCAAAAGAAUUCAUUGAAUCGUGCUAUCAUCAAGCAAGCGAAAAACUUAACGCAAACAGAAUAAAAAAAUAAAAAAAAUAAAUAUCUAUCAGACCUUUUUUACCAAAAAAAAAAAAAAAAACAAAAACAACCACACCAACUCAACUCUAUUCUAGAUACAUCAUCUUCCAAAUUCUACAAAAUUCCCAAAACAACCCCGAAAACACUACAAUCAUAUCUGGAAAUCGAAUUGAAAUAUUGCCAAACUCACCAUAAAAUAAAAAAAAAUGAAUAAUAAAUAAAUAAAUAAUAAUCAGCACUCAUAUAACGAAGUAAUUUUUAAGGCGAAACUGAAAAAAAAAAAAAUAAUUAAAAUUGUUAAACAGGAAAUAGUUAUUAAAUUAAAAAAAAAAAAACGAACCCACGCUAUAAUCAAUCUGUUAAUUAACUAAAAAUUUAAAUUAAAUUUAAAUUUAAAAAAUUACAACAGUAGCAAUGUAAAACGAAUUUUUAAUUCAAAAUAAAACACAACAUUUUUUGGUUUCUUGCUAAAUAGGUUUCCUAUAAAAAACAGCAAAAACAAUUAUAGGAACUUAUUUCUUUUAUAAGCAAUAAAAGUAAUAAAUGAAAUAAUAGAACAUUAAGCACAUUUUUGUUUUUUGUUUAUUUUUUUUAAAUUUUGUUCUAAUACGUUCCGAUAGGUGAUUAACAAUUUUAACAAUUAAAAGAAAAUUUAAAAAAAAAAACAAAAAUAGAUUUUUAAUAAUUAAAUAUAGUUAGGGCUGUGAAAAGAGAACAUAAUUACUAAUCUAAGCGUUUUAUGUUAAGAGACUAUUCAAGAGAAACAAAAACAAAAAAUACACUAGAGCUCUAUGCAACACUCACUGCAUAGUAAACAGAAAUUAACAAAAAACACAAAAUAA